UUCCCCUCCGGGGACGAAGCAUACGGCAAUACUACUCAUGAUCAUAACUGUGGGUUAGAUUGGAUCCAACGUAGGAGUUUGUCUCUGCAUGACAUCGGAAAAAAUGGAUUUGGUGAGCAGUUCCCUCCGGGAAAGAAGCAUACGGCAGUUGUUGAUGUAUGCGGCAGCCGGUGGGAUUUGAUUGCGUCCAACGUUGCAUUUUG